AUGCUGGGCCGCUUGCUUUCUUCAAUGAGAUGCGAUAAAGAGGUAUUGCUCCUACUAAAAUCCAAUUAUACCACCUUGAUGAAAGCUUUUGCCUUGUCUGGUCAACCAAAGCUAGCUAACAAAUUCUUUGAUGAAGUGCUUAAUGAUCCUUGGGUGAAAGUUGAUUUAGUUUCCUGGAAUAUGUCGGGGGAAGUUCCCUCACCCUUGAAACCCGAUGAACGACUCUUGGAUACUCUAGCUGAUAUUUGUGCAAGGGCAGCUUCUUUAGGAAAGCUUUGGAGAUUGUUGCUUGCUUUGAAGAGCACGGAUUACCCCCAAAUAAGACCAAGUCAAGAGAAUACAUGUGGUAAUGCAUUCAAGGAUGUUUACAAGUACGCACGCCUCAAGAGCUAG